ACCAAACCUCAAGGCUACUUUCUGGGCUACCGUGGUGCGACCCGAAGGCGAGUGCGAUCAGCAGGGAAUGACGCUUCUUUUAAUUUCCUUAUUUCUUAAGUAACUACAUUAGAAAAACAAUAAAUAAACCGGUUUGCAUUUGAGCUGCCUAAUUAUUAUUUUUGUUUUAUAGUUUUUAUGCAUCUGUGAAGGCAGCACCAAAGCUCCUGUGCUAGCUCGCUGGCUAGCCAGCCUUUGUUCCAUAUUCAGACCAGUGUGGCCAUAAACUAGGAUUCAGCCUUCAACUCUUGCAUGUUGAGUCCGUGUACGAUUGUUUUAUUCAAAAUAAAACAAGUUGCAUCCUUGGGGGUAUUGCACACCGACUUUGUUGCGGGAGGAUUUUAGCUGUCUAGUGUGUGUUCGCUUGUAUGAAUUGCGUCUUGGCUCGCUCGUGCAUAGGUUGCCAUGGAGCAUUGUGCAGCUCCGCAGCUCGAGAGCACAAGUACGCUAUCUUCACCUCCAGACUCAGCGGAAAAGCCUGGAGGAGAUGCCGGGGAGAAGACGGUUAAGGAUGCAUACGAGUGCCGGAUUUGUAGUUAUAAAGCGCGAGACGUGAAAUGUCUCAGUCAGCACCUGCACGCAGCUCAUCCGGUCACCAGUCUCUCUGACUCGGCGAGGAGCGCGUGCGGUGAUGCGCCAGAGGAUGAUUUGGAAUGCUUGAAUGGUGACCUGGAAAAGAGCACUGUUAAGGAUAAACCAGUCACCAUUGAGGGAACAGAAUCUGCUUCUCUUCAGACUCCCGAGGACUCAAAUGAGACCUCAUCCUCCAUGGAUCCCAAAGAACAGGAAGAGAAGAUGGACGACUCACCUGCUCCUGAAGAAUCACAGAUCUCAUCCCCCGAGUUACCCCAGGAGAAGUCACCCUGCUCUUCAGGGUCUAAGGAGUCCUGCCAAAAGAGGCAAACGGUCUCCUCUGGCACAGCGACCCACAACCAGACUAACCUGGUUUGUCUUCCAUUGGUAUCCGAUGGGUUAAAGCUUAUCUGGGUGCGCGCGGAGCAGGUCCACGAGCUGGAUGCCAUGUCAGAUCUUGUAGAAGCAUUUAAUGCAUUCCCUUACCCCACAUCGCAGGAGGCAAGCGCUCUAGCUCGAAAGUGUGCAUUACCGCCGGAGCGUGUUAAAGCCUGGUUCAUGAUGCAGCGGGUACGUUAUGGGAUCAGCUGGGCUGACGACGACAUCCAAGAGACGCGGCGCAAGCUGUGGCACAUUCAGAAAGGAGCGGUUGCCGAGGAGUGUGUGGAAAUAAACGACGAGGAGGAUUGUGUAAGACGUGAUGAAUCUAAACAGGUUUUUAUACCACCGUCUGCGGCAAAUGCCCAUGUAGGUCAGAGAGACCAGAUGCCUAAACCCAGCCGAACUGUUCCUCAGCACAUAACCAAUGACCAAAACCGCUUGCAUUUUAGCCAGAAUAAUACUUCGCAAUCCAAUAACUUUGAGCAGCAGUUGCACAGUGCUAAUGUUGUGUACAAAAACGGUCAUGGACCUGCAUCCCAAGUUCCUCAAGUUAAUCUUCAAUUCCAAAAUGAUAGUAGAAACCUAACGCCUCACAAUACUGGAGUCCAACUGCGCGAUUCCUAUGGCCGUCCAACAUCGAACGUCCAACACACUGCAAUGUCGUACCCCGAGUUUCCUGAGCUUUCACAGUCUAUACCCUGCUUACCAGGGAAAAAAACGAAAGCACAGCUGAUGGCCCUGCGCCGCAGUUUUGUACAGAAGUCUUGGCCCUCUGACGGCGAAGUUCAGCGGCUCCAGAAAAUGACUGGACUAAAUCGGCGAGAAAUUCGCAAAUGGUUCGCAGACAGCCGUUACCAGCUUCGCAAGAACGGAAGGGCAUGGCUAGUCAAGCUUGCAAGCCAAAAUCGGUCUUCCCAGCUGGUGCAACAGAACUCUCACACUGAGCAGGAGAACGAUGUUCUACCUAGUGCUGAUUUUUACAACAACGACGAGGCUGACGACACAGGGGCAGGGUUUGAGGUUGAUGUAGAUUUGGCUGACGAUGAGGGACCAGUAGGCCAAUCAAUUGAAACCAAGGAGGAAGUAAGUGAUGAAGGUGAGUUUGAUAACGGCAGUGCUUCCGUUCAACAAUAUUCUGCAGACGUCUCUCCCUCUCCUUCGCCUUCUCCAUCAUUCCUCCGUGGCCGGGUAGAACCGAACGUGCGACUUCGUAAGAAGACGAGGGAACAGUUGGAAAUGUUGCGGCAGAACUUCCUACGCUGCCAGUGGCCCACAAGCGACGAUUACCUGAUACUCCAGAAGAAGACUGGUUUGACGCGGACAGAGAUUAUCCAGUGGUACGGAGACACGCGUUAUCAUAUUAAACACAAUCAGAUGCGCUGGAUGACCUCAGAGGAGAGGGAACGUAUCAUUGAAGUUAUAAUGGAACAGCAGAAAAGGGGUGGGAAUUAUUCAAGGGGGAAAGUCUCAUUUGAGAAGGUAGGCUCUGGGUUGAGUUUGGGUGAUUCUACAUUAAUUAACCAAGGUGGAGGGGGCAAAGCCGCAACAUGGAAUGAACUUUUUAGGGAAAGUACCCCAGUUUUGCCUGAGGGUGAACUCUGACCUCAGAAGCAAAGUCAGUUUGAGAUGGCAUUUGUAGCUGUGCAGAUAAAUGGAAACUGAAUUCCACAUCACUGCCAAAGAUGUUACACAAAACCUUUUUUUCCCUCCUUUAACCUGUCUGGAUAUUUCCAUUUCAGAUUAAUGCUAUGAUCCAGGGUCUUGUAGAACCUCUCACAACAUUGUUAUGCAAUAUGUAACUCCAAAACUAAGCAUCUUACUUGAAUCUAAAAUAUUUAGUAUUAGAAUAUCUACCUUUUAAAGUAACUGAAACUAAAUUGUAUAUGACAAGGCACUGAAUGACUGUACAAUGCAUUUUGUUAUGUCGCUUGUUUUAUCAGAGGUCUGUUCAGUGUGACUCAACAGAGUGAAUGCAUGCGUGUUGCCAUUUUCAUGUUUAAGUUGCACUUCGAGCUUAGAUAUGUAGAUUUUUGCUUUUACAAAAGUCAAUUGUAUUUAAGGUUAUAAACAUAACUGCAAACUUUUAGAUCCAGUGUGCUACAGAAAUGUUUCUUUGACAGAAACAUAGUGCUGACAUAAUACUACAUAAUUUAUGUGCUUUAUUUCCUCCAACACAACCCCCAUCAAUUUCAUUACUUGUGAUUUUAUUAUUAAUAAUAUAAUUUGUAGACUAAUUAAAAUCUUGAGUAGUCACUAUAUGGAGUUUGUUAGUCUAUGCAUUGAGUAAGCUGGCUAGAGAGACUUACCUUUUUUGUGCUGAAGCUUUUUGUACCAGUUUGGUUUUACUUAAUAAAUUGAUCUUAAAACA